CCACCACCACCACAGCAACAAGAAGAACACCACCACCACCACCAAGGACUUGAAGUGCCACAGGUGUCAGUAUGGGCAGGUACAACCCCAGCCCCAGACGUCCCCCAGUCUGUCGGUGUACCUGCUGGCCACAGUUCUGCUCCAGGUUCUGACAGACGCGUGCACAGUCCCGACACGUCAGCUGACGACACGAGUGGACACAGUCCCGACACGUCAGCUGACGACAUGAGUGGACACAGUCCCGACACGUCAGCUGACGACACGAGUGGGCACAGUCCCGACACGUCAGCUGAUGACACGAGUGGGCACAGUCCCGACACAGCAGUUGACGACACGAGUACGCAUGUCCACAGUCCCGACACGCCAGCUGACGACACGAGUGGGCAUGUCCACAGUCCCGACACGCCAGCUGACGACACGAGUGGGCACAGUCCUGACACGACAGCUGACGACACGAGUGGGCAUGUCCACAGUCCCGACACGUCAGCUGACGACACGAGUGGGCAUGUCCACAGUCCCGACACGCCAGCUGACGACACGAGUGGGCAUGUCCAGGAGCCGCCCGCCAAACGUCGCGGCGAUGUCAGUCCUACGUUGGCGCGAGUUGAGGAGAAGCGUUUGUACCGUGCUGCAGAGAAUGUGGUGUGUUCUGGUGGAGGUGAGGAAUGCUGGGAUCAGACAGUGGAGAAUGUCGUGUGUUCUGGUGGAGGUGAGGAAUGCUGGGACCAGACAGUGGAGAAUGUCGUGGGUUCUGGUGGAGGUGAGGAAUGCUGGGACCAGACAGUGGAGAAUGUCGUGUGUUCUGGUGGAGGUGAGGAAUGCUGGGACCAGACAGUGGAGAAUGUCGUGGGUUCUGGUGGAGGUGAGGAAUGCUGGGACCAGACAGUGGAGAAUGUCGUGUGUUCUGGUGGAGGUGAGGAAUGCUGGGACCAGACAGUGGAGAAUGUCGUGGGUUCUGGUCGUGGUGGGAGCGGUGUGGCAGUCCAGUCAGGUACUGCACGGAGCCAGGAUGUAAGCCGUGAGUUUGUGCGAGGGGAGGAGAGCAGUUGGUCCCAGGCUCGUCAGAAUGUUCCGGUUUCUGGUUGUGGAAGCGAUGCGGCAGAUGUUUCAGACACGCCACGGAGUGAGGGAUUAAGUCACCACACAAUGUCACCUGGAUCAGACGUGACACACCACACAAUGUCACCUGGAUCAGACGUGACACACCACACAAUGUCACCUGGAUCAGACGUGACACACCACACAAUGUCACCUGGAUCAGACAUGACACACCACACAAUGACACACCACACAAUGUCACCUGGAUCAGACGUGACACACCACACAAUGACACACCACACAAUGUCACCUGGAUCAGACAUGACACACCACACAAUGACACACCACACAAUGUCACCUGGCUCAGACAUGACACACCACACAAUGACACACCACACAAUGUCACCUGGCUCAGACAUGACACACCACACAAUGACACACCACACAAUGUCACCUGGCUCAGACAUGACACACCACACAAUGUCACCUGGCUCAGACAUGACACACCACACAAUGUCCCCUGGGCCGGGGUGGCUGUGCCAGGGCUCCACACUUGUGUCCCCUGAGUCUGGAUGUUUCGACUCACUCGGAGAUUGCGACUCCUUGUUGGGCUCUUCUUUGAGUCUGCAAGAUAAAGACCUCAGUAUCCCUGACUCUGCCCCCCGCCGGGACCUGGACAGUCAUGGCGGCUCCGAUAGUGGUCUCUGUUGGAGCCUGCAAGAUUGGGACGCGCCGGAUGGUUCCCUCCAGCCCGGUAUCGUAGAUCCCAGUGCUCCCCACGAUACCCCCCGGCCCGGUAUUGUAGACCCAAGUAUUCUCAACCAUACCCCCCGGCCCGGUAUCGUAGACCCAAGUAUUCUCCACCAUACCCCCCAGCCCGGUAUUGUAGACCCAAGUAUUCUCCACCAUACCCCCCAGCCCGGUAUUGUAGACCCAAGUAUUCUCCACCAUACCCCCCAGCCCGGUACGAGUUACGGUGACCCCACGACUGGCCGACCCCCCGGGGCUCCACAAGACUCUCAUAGCAUUCCUUUCGACUCCCCCCACCCCGGCGCGGGCAAUCCUUGUUCUGACCGGGGCCCCAGGUGGACCUGGUCGGACCGGCCCCGCUACCCAGACGUCCCCCACGACCCCUGCGACCCCCAUGACCCCCAUGACCCUCACGACCCCCACGACCCCUGUGACCCCUGUGACUUUCCCCAGCCCUACGUGGACAGCCAAGGCAGUGGCCAGGAACCCUCGAGGAGACUGCGAGACCAGGGCGUCACUUUCGACUCUCCCAAUCCUAGCCUGGACAGCCACGGCGGGGGUCAAGGUUCAGUGUGGAGUCUGCGGGAUGAUCACACCGUUCCUUACGAUUCUCUCCAGACUGGUAUCGGGGAUAAUCACAGCAUUCCUUACGAUUCUUUUCAACCUGCUAUCGGGGAUGAUCACAGCAUUCCUUACGAUUCUCUACUGCCUAGUAUCGGAGAUGUUCAAAGCAUUCCUUACGAUUCCAUCCAGCCUGGUAUCGGAGAUCAUCAAAGCAUUCCUUACGAUUCUCUACUGCCUAGUAUCGGAGAUGUUCAAAGCAUUCCUUACGAUUCCAUCCAGCCUGGUAUCGGAGAUCAUCAAAGCAUUCCUUACGAUUCUCUACUGCCUAGUAUCGGAGAUGUUCAAAGCAUUCCUUACGAUUCUUUUCAACCUGGUAUCGGAGGUGAUCACAGCAUUCCUUACGAUUCUCUCCAGACUGGUAUCGGAGAUCUUCAAAGCAUUCCUCAUGGUUCUCUCCAGACUGGUAUCGGAGAUCUUCAAAGCAUUCCUCAUGGUUCUCUCCAGACUGGUAUCGGAGAUCUUCAAAGCAUUCCUCAUGGUUCUCUCCAGACUGGUAUCGGAGAUCUUCAAAGCAUUCCUCAUGGUUCUCUCCAGACUGGUAUCGGAGGUGAUCACUGUAUUCCUUUUGACGCGUGUUCUGAGCACGAGUCUGAGGGGGAGCUGUCGGAGGACAGUUUGUGUGAGGAGACGUCUGGUGGGUCAGGUGGGACGGCACAGGCCAUGUCAGAUGACAGACAGAGGGGUGACACGUGGCAAAGUACGUCAGAUGACAGACAGAGAGGUGAGACGUGGCGCAGUACGUCAGGUGACAGACAGAGGGGUGAGACGUGGCGCAGUACGUCAGGUGACAGACAGAGGGGUGAGACGUGGCACAGUACGUCAGGUGACAGACAGAGGGGUGAGAUGUGGCGCAGUACGUCAGGUGACAGACAGAGAGGUGAGACGUGGCGCAGUACGUCAGGUGACAGACAGAGGGGUGAGACGUGGCGCAGUACGUCAGAUGACAGGCAGAGGAGUGAGACGGCACGUGUCAUGUCAGAUGACAGACAGAGGGGUGACAUGUGGCAAAGUACGUCAGAUGACAGACAGAGAGGUGAGACGUGGCGCAGUACGUCAGGUGACACACAGAGGAGUGAGACGGCACAUGUCAUGUCAGAUGACAGACAGAGGAGAGAGCCAGAUGCGGCACUGAGUGAGGAAGGUGCACCACGUUGCCAACGUGACAGGCUGGCACGAGACAUCUCCUCAGGGUCCGGUGUAGAUGGACCACGGGGGUUGUCCGGCAGAGACAGGGACCAGGGCGCCGCUGGACGUCGGGAGAUAGCGACAGUGGGCGUGCCGGACAGCGGUCAGUCCGUGGCCGGGCCUGGGGAGGCGGGCAGGGGAUCUGUGGUGUCUCCUCCCUCCACACUCUGUGUGUGCUCUGUGGGCGGCCCUCACGGGGUCACGGAGGUCACAGAGGUUCUGUCCCCCAUGCAGGAUCCACUGCAGGUACCGCCCCUUUAGUGCUGGGACCACGCCCCCUUUAGUGCUGGGACCACGCCCCCUUUAGUGCUGGGACCACGCCCCCUUGUGUUGGAAAGUCUUGAAGCCCAUACCCUUGUAACUAACUAGAUCUACUCACUCUCUCGUGUGAUGGUUGAAAAAAUAUUAAAAUUUUUAUUUUCAUCUUUAUUAUUCUUUUAAAGAUUUUACG